CAGGCAUUUCGCUUAGUAUAAAAUGGUGGUUAUACCCUCCACCAGCACAGUCGCAACAUCGCCGUCGACAACACCCAAGCAGAACAACAUGAUCGCCUUUAAGACCGCAACCAUCCUCCUCCUAGCGGCCCUGGCCCACGGCCGGCCCUCAGACGAAUGGGAGCCCGAAGGCCACUCCCACACCGAGCACACAAAGCCCUACCACGUGACUGUGGUCAAGAAGAUCGGAGUGCCCAUCCCGCAUCCCGUGGCGGUGUCCGUGCCUCAGUACGUGAAGGUGCCGAUCCCGCAGCCCUACCCUGUCCACGUGACGGUAGAGCAGCCGAUCCACGUUCCUGUUUACAAGGUUGUCCCACAAAUCGUAGAGAAGCCAGUGCCUUACACAGUUGAGAAGCCCGUCCCCUAUGAGGUCGAGAAGCCUUACCCCGUCGAGGUCGAGAAGAAGGUUGAGGUGCCCAUUCCCAAGCCUUACCCCGUCCACGUGCCAGUCUACAAGCACAUCUACCACCACAAAGGCGGCAAGCACUAAGCAUUCAGUCACGUAGAACGGAACGUGCAUUUCGUCAGAUGAGAUUUGACAUAGGCUGUCAGUCAACGCUUUUUACUUUUUUAUGGCCAUGGAAUCUUCUAUUCUGCCAGAUGUCAAAUUUCUUUUGCCGAUUUGUGAAAUGUACAAAGAAAAUAGCUUACUUUGUAAGCCUUUCGUAUACCUCUGAGGUGUGCUCAGGCCGGGCCUAGCCCUUGUAAAUAAUUAAGAUUAGUAAGUACAUUUGUCGGAGAUGUAUUUCCGUCAGUAUUGACUAUUGUUGACUUGUGAUAUUUAUUGUGUGUCAGUACAGGUUUGUUGUUAUUGUUGCUGUUGUUGCAAUCGUUGUUGACUAUUGUGUAA